AUGAGAUGCCCAUUAAAUUACUACAUGAAACCUAUGUUGGUUGAACUUAAUGGAAAUUGUAUAGCCUGUUCUAAUUUAUGCUAAUAUUGUGAAGUGAGAAAUUAGGAUGAAAUUUCUGUAAUAUCUCGAUAAUAUUCUAGUCUUUACAAUCAAAUUUUGAAUUAGAGGAAUUAAAUUUAAAAUUUACAACAAGAUGUCUAAAACCUGUUAAAGAUCCUAAUAUAGUCAUCAAUACCUCUUUUAGAAAUGCUAAAUACUGUUUUAACAAAAGCUGUUAAAAUUGGUCUUCAUUCCCUUAGUAUCUUACUGAAUUUUUGUUAGAUAGGUAGAAACAGUAUAGUUAAGAAGAGGAAAUAAAUUUUUAAUAUUGUAACCUAGUGGGAGUAGAUUAAAUGAUGAUUAAUUAUAUUUUCUCAUUUCAUGAGUACAUUAUAAGUAGUGAUUCAUUGGCUCUGAAAUUUUCGAAUGGCUUACAGAAGAAAAUAUUUUCUCUAAAGAAAACUAAUAUGAAAUUAUUUUGCAGUUAAAGAUUAUUAAGUGGGUACAAGCUAAAUAAUAGAAAUAAUCAACUAUGAUGCAGUAGAACUCAAAAACUUAACUUUAGAGAAUUUGAUGGGUGUAAUUUAGAAAAUCCUAAUAACAAAUAGAUUUAAUAUUAAAUAAGUUAAAUUUUAUUACAACAAAAUUUCUAGACUGUCAUUUUUCUAAACUUAAAUAUUUGGAAACAUUGUAAUUUAGGAUGUUUACUUUUUAAAUUCUGCCUUUGUUAAUUCAACUUUUUUUGAUUUUUACAACACAACCCGUCUUAAUAACUUUUAAUAUCAAAAAUUUGACCUUCAAAAACUGUUUAAUAGAAAAUUCAACAUUAUUUAAUAUUGACCAUAUUUAGGACAUUAUAAAACUUGAAGACAUCCUUAUUGAAAAUUUCACAUUAUUGAAUUCUGCAUUUUUCACAUUCUCAACAGAUUUGAGCCAUAUAAGCAAAAUUAAAUUAACAAAUAUUGAAAUAACUCAAUGUAGCUUUGAUUAAUCCUUCUUUCUCCAAAGCAAAAGAAAGUUUGAAAUAAUUGCAGAUGAUCUCUAAUUCCGCAAUAACUACCUUUAAAAUUCUGUGAAUAUUAGUUUAAUGAUAAUCAAGAUUUAAUGAAGGUAAGAUCGAGUUAAAACACUCUUAUUUAAUAUUCGAUUUUAUCUAUAUUAUUGCUAAAGGCUUGUACGCACAAUUGAUGAUUUUGAAGAUGAUUCCAGCACUUUUUAAGAUUCAAAUUUGAUUGUUGUUUAUUCUAGUCUUCAAAUUAAUAAAUUUAUUGUUAAUAUUAAAAAUAUCAAAGUUUAAGAAAAUACCCUAGCAGAUAAAGUCAAAUUCUUAAUAUUUCAAAAUUUAUUCUUAAUUAAGAAUUGCUUUUUUCGAUUUCUAAGCAUGUAAGUUUUAGUGCUCAGUUUGUAAUUGAGAAAUAGGAUGAAUAAUAUUAUUAAAUGUAUAAUUUAGAGGAAAUAUAAUACUGAAGAACAGAGUAGCCACCUCAUUAUCAUUGCUAAAUAAAUACUACUUUCAAUUUAUCCAAAAUAUCGUCAAUUAAUAUAUCGAUGAACCACUUGACACCUAAUCUAAUUUAUUACAUAUAAGUUCAUUAGACAGUUUUCUUUAAAUUCAACCUCUGUAUUUCUAUCAAAAUGCCUUAACGAAUUCAACCUAAUCCAAUCUUUACACUUCCUGCAACUAUGAUAGAAAUUUCAAAUCUAAGUUUCAUCGAAACUAAUGUUUUAUCAUAAAACUUAUGGUAACAGUUUUAUGAUUUUGAAUUAGUGGAUGAAUAUAGUCAGCAAGAGAUUAACUCAAUUAUUCAAUUAACAUUUUAAAUUAAGCAAUCUAUAAUCUCAGCUUCACCCUUUAGUUGUACAGAUAGUUAUUUUUAAGAAAUUAUUGCUACUAAAGGUUUUAUUUUUUAGAUUACAACUCAAGGACAAGGAAUAAUAAAAAUAAUUAACCUCAAGAUAGAUUCUGUAUAUACUAAUCUAGCAGAUACUGGAGACUCAAGUUGUAUAAGUGUAGAUUCACAAACAGCCUUUUGUCUAUUAAUCUAAAAGAAAUUAAAUUAAAAAAAAUAUUUAAUAGAAUGGCUACACCAUUAUUCACGAUUAUAAAGAAAAUUUUAUUCUUUUAAAUAAUAUAGAAAUAAAGAAUUUUCUUUCCUUAAUGAAUAAAAUUAUGUUAGCCAAAUUUUUUCAGCAGAAGUAAGGAAAUAAAGUUAAGUAAAUAUUAAUAAUUUAACAAUUUAUUAAAGUGAAGAAAUGUGGUUUUAAUUAUUUUCUUUGAUUGGUGAAAUAACAUGAUCAGAAUUAGAGAAUAAUUUAAGCUAGGAGAAUGCUAUGAUUUUUCUUGAAAAUUGUAAAGUUGAUAUUCAAAAUAUAAAUGGUGAAGGAAUUAUAAUCUCUCCAAUUUUUUAAUUUUAUAAUGCAUUUACAUUAAAGAUUUUUGAUUUUAAACUAGUAUUAAUAUAAAAAUUAUAUUCCUUUGAUCUCGUGCUGAUAACUUAGAAUAUAAAAGCUGAAUCAAAGAUUUCUAUUGAAAAACCAAAGAUACUUUAAAGUAUUACAUAUAAAGAAAAAUCAGAUAGAAUUCCCAUCUUUUCAAAUUUGAAUUAUAACAUUUUAGGAUGUAGUGAGUGGAGGAGCACCUCAAUAACAGAUUAAACCAUAUAUCCAAAUAUAUUAAGUUAGAUAUAAUCAUUCACCAAUCAAUCAAAUCAGCUGAUAUAUAUUAAAAGCACUUCUAACCAAAACUCCCUAAGGCUUUCACAGAUAGAAAUAAUGAGUAAUGAUGGAUCAGAUUUUUCUAAUGGAAUGAUCACUUUUGAAGCUGAACAUUUCAAAAUUUUUAAAAUAGAUAAUAUAUUUUGA